AUGAUAUCCAAGCCAUUUCCUGUUGCUAACAGCAUCACACCGUUCUGGCGCACGGAACCAAGUACGUUGGACAACUACCGCUCAACUGCGACCCUGCCCCCGGCGGCUGACAUCGUGGUUAUUGGCGCGGGAUAUGCCGGCGCCUCAACAACGUACCACUUGCUCGAUCAAGCCCAGCCGUUCUCUCGACCGUCGAUUGUGAUCCUCGAAGCGCGGCAGCUCAUGGCAGGCGGUCACCUGAAACCGGACGUGUACAAUUUCGUCGGCACUGUUGCAGAGACACAUGGCAUUACCGCCGCAGCCGAGCUCGCAGCCUUCGAGACCGCACAUAUUCCCGCAAUUGAGGCUGUCGUGGAACGGGAGAAGAUAGCAUGCGAUCUGGUCGUAGCACAGGCGCAUGACGUCCAACUAGAUGAGCAGCACACAGAGAAACUCCGGAAGGCAUAUGAGACCCUUUUGGCAAAUGGUUCGGAGACGACGAAGACCGCGGCGUUCACUAUGGAUAUGGAGGCGGAAAUGGUCUCGGGAGUCAAAGGAGCGAAGAGCUGCUUCAGCUACAAAGCCGGCCGUCUCUGGCCGUACAAGUUCAUUUGUGGCCUGCUCAAGAAGUGUAUAGCCAAGGGGGCCAACUUGCAGACGAACACCCCCGUCGUAGAUGUAUCUGAGUCAAACAACGGCUGGAUAGUGAAGACAGAGCGAGGAUUAAUUCGAGCCAAACAGGUGGUCUUCGCCACUAAUGCCUAUACCUCUGGCAUUGCGCCCGAGUAUGCAGACAAAAUCGUCCCCGUUCGGGGCAUUUGCAGCCGCGUCGUGGUACCGAACCCGCCACAUCCUCUGAGCCCGACUUUAGAUUCCUCAUACACGGUGCGCAUCAAAGAGGGAAUCUAUGAGUAUCUGGUCCCUCGCCCAGACGGAAGCAUCAUUAUUGGUGGUGCCAGAUCAGUCUAUGUACACGACCUGAAGAACUGGUAUAACGUCACAGACGACAGCCGUUUGAUUGAGCCAGCAGCGCAUCACUUUGAGGGCUACAUGCAAAAGUAUUUCCACGGAUGGGAGGAUACAGGAGCAUACACCGACCGGGUAUGGACGGGCAUCAUGGGAUACACGACAGACUCUCUCCCUCACGUCGGGCGGGUUCCUUGCAAGGAGGGACAAUUUGUCAUCGCGGGCUUCAACGGGCAUGGUAUGCCACAGAUAUUUCUCUCCGCAAAGGGAAUUGCGCAGAUGAUGCUCAACGGAGUCGAGUUUGAAGAGACGGGCAUCCCGUCCGUCUUCAAGACGACACAGGCUCGACUGGACAGCACGCAGAACAGCAUUCUGUCGGCCUCUCACCUCAAGCAAACGAGGACAGAUGUCAGAGGGCCGGUUGUAGACGAGAAGUGA